CUCACUAUAUUCUCGCCAAUUAUUGUCUUUCACGCUUAUUCCUUUACUAUUUGGUUCGCAUCGCCUCUCUAAUCCAACACACCAAACCCUCCUACCCAAAAUGACUCUAGUCCACAUCGUUCUCUUCAAAUUCCGCCCCGAAGUAACAGAAGAGCACAAACAACGCUUCGUCACCGAACUCAAAAAGCUCAAGGCCCUACCAUGUGUGAAAUCCGGGCGUCUGCUUGUCGGAGGUCCCAGUGUCACCGAUCCCAUUGACCGCAGCAAGGGGUUCCAAAUAGCAUUGGUCAGCUAUCAUGAGAACAUUGCUGCGUUGACUGAGUAUCAGGCUAGUCAGGAACAUCAUCAUGUGACUUCGACGUAUAUGUUCCCUUAUAAGGAGGAUUUGGUACGCUUUGAUUUUGAGGUUGAUGAGGAGGAUGAGUAUAUGUGUGAAUUUCCUGUGUUGGGAUCACGGGGUGUGUCCGUACGAGCGGAGAUCCCCGCCUCCAUCUUUUCUCCUUCUUCCAACCCCUUCCCCACACAACGAACGCCGAAGCAAUCUCGCCAAUCAGCACCGAUGAUCUUACUGGUCGAUAUCACGUGGCAAUCACCACACAAGAUCGUCAUACAGCACCCGUUAUCGCAAUGCGAUGGAAACGAACCGUCAUGCAGCUCUUGCCUCAAAGCAGGGGCUCAUUGUGUCAACGAUGGAAGACAGGAAGUUCCUCGGAGGUAUAUCUCUAACAUGGAGAACCGGAUCCGAUGGCUAGAGUCUAUAGUAAAGGAAAAUUGCGCCCAUAUCGACCUUGGCCGCGAAGGACAAAUAGAUCCAUCCGAGGAGACAGUACAAAACGACAUUAUGGAUACAUCUACACAGUAUCAUCUCGGUGACCUCACCGCCGCUGACUCACAGCAAAUAAUUCCUGGGGAGCCAAGGUUCGAUGAGCAGAGACAGUCUGGCAUUGUGGAAAACGCGCCAAAUGCAUUACCUGAACAUCAAGGUCUGGAUCAGGCACGUGCAGCUAGCAACCAACACCAGCAAGCACAUGAGAUCGGCCUUGUGUCGUUGUCUUCUGGAGGGGGUCCUCGAUAUAUCGGACCGUCCAGCGGGUAUUUCUUCGCGAACCGCAUAUUCUCAAGUGCCGGGCGCCGCCGUAAAUCGAGAGGAGCAAAAAGAGCUACAGCGGAUUCUGCCCACCUUUCGGCCGAGCUGCUGAAUAGCCUCACUCUGCUGCCUGCGCGGAAGGAAAGUGCCAUAGAGCUUUCAACAAAGUACUUUCGAACAGUGCAUCUUACGUACCCGUUCCUGCAUGAGCCAACUCAUAUGUCUGUUAUUGACAGAGUGUAUGCAUCUCAGGAAGCGAACCCCUUGGAUCUCUUCCAGGUGUAUAUGGUUCUUUCGAUUGCUGCUUUGGCUCUUUCACGCGAAUGCAAGGUGCAUCUUCCCGUGGAAGGUUACUAUGCAUCUGCAAUGAAGUAUGUGGAGCAUGUGUGCACAGAUGGCUCAAUGACGGCAUUGCAAUGCGUAUUGCUUCUUAUGGUAUAUGCUUUGCAUAACCCUUCAUCUGACGUCAACAUUUGGAAUCUGAACUACCAAUGCCUUGCUAGUGUGAUUGAUCUUGGCCUGCAGCGUGAUGUCCGAGCAUCCUCAUCGCUCCGGAUAUCUGUCUUUGAACAGGAGAUGAGGACGCGAGUUUUCUGGGUAGUGUAUACGUUUGACCGGGCUAUAUGCACGAUGAUGGGCCGGCCGAUCGGGAUCAGAGAUGAAGCGUGUGAGAUGAGGUUCCCCCUUGAUAUACCGGAUUAUAAUUUGGUCAACCCAGAUAUUAGCCAGCAUGCACCUGAAUCAAGAUCCCACAUGGCGAACGCGAUCCAUCUGUUCAAGUUGGCCAAGGUCAACUCAGAGAUCAAAUACGUCAUGCACAGCAUUCAACGUGACGUACCUGCAUACGCUUACCCCCCAGUGAGGGACAUAUUUGCAUGGCAGCAGGAUAUUGUGAACUAUCUCCACGACUGGCUAUCUGAAAUCCCACAACCGACGGGCAAUACGGAAGACACAAUGUCCAAGGUCUGUAAGAUAAAGUACCACGAAACAAUGAUAUUGCUACUACGACCCAGCCCGGCAAUUCCAAGUCCAGCAGAUGAAAUACUGGACCUUUGCUUUCACCAGGCCGUUGAUCUCCUCCAAGGAUUUGGCGAGCUCUACAAAGUCGGCAGUUUACUUUACAGCCGAUUACUUGUGCAUUCAGUAUUCCUCGGUGCAUUGGUGCUGCUCUACUGUAUCUGGAAACUGCCUCGAACCACUGCCAAGGUCCGAGUGGAUGAGCUAGUGUCGAAUCUCACGGUGGCACAGAAUAUACUCAGUAGCAUCGGAGAACACUGGACCGAGGCUACUCGAGCGCGUGAUUGCAUUGACGAAUUGUCCAGUGUGACGAUCCAACGGCUCCUGAACCAUCAUCCUGGCCAGAGCCACGCUAUUUCUGAGGGAAACGAAGGCUCAAAUGAAAUUCCCAUGACGUUGGUCGCUUCCGAAGAAAAUCUUCAGAAUGUCGAUUCCUAUCAGUUCAAUCUAUUCGAUGAUUUGUUGCAAGGAGAUUUCCAGAGCUGGAGCGGAAUGUCCGACAUUGACGGGCUGAUGUGGGAAAUUUUCAACAACUCCCCACAGUGA